AUGACGGACGAGUGGGCCCCACAGCUGGUGGACUACUUUGUGGUGGCCGGCUUGGCGGACACUUCAGCGCCGCUGGAGGAUGAGAGCCAGCCGCCUCGCCCGUCCCGGCCCAGCGAGCCCAUCGUGGACGUGGCCGUCAUCGUGCGCUCUCAGGGCGAGGAGGUGCCUCACGGCUUCACCUGCAUCGACCGCACCACCUCCGGGAACCCCGUGGAGCUCAACGCCGGGCUGCUCAACAACCCCCAAAUGUACAUCUGCUACAGGAGGGGCCGGGACAAGCCCCCCAUUGUGGAGCUGGGGUAGGUGACUGUAGUGCGUUUUACGUAGGGCCACCUCUGAAGACGGUUCGGAAACUUCAGCUGGUGCAGAAUCCGGAGCAAGACGGUUUUAGCAUAUUGCAUUGAUCCCGGUCUGACUGCACUGGCUACCGAUCAGUUUCCGGGCCCAAUUCCAAGUGCUGGUUUUGACCUAUAAAGCCUUAAAUGGCUCAGGAACACAAUACCUCAAGGACUACCUCUUUCCAUAUGAACCUACCCGGACCCUGAGAUCAUCUUCUGAGGCCCUCCUUUGUGUGCCUCCUCCGAGAGAGGUCAGGAGGGUGGCAACUUGAGAACGGGGCCUUCUCUACAGUGGCUCCCCGUCUGUGGAAUGCUCUCCCCAGGGAAGUUCGCCUGGCGCCUUCAUUGUACACCUUUAGGCACCAGGCAAAAAUGUUCCUUUUUAACCAGGCCUUUGGGUGAUCUGAUUUACAUCUUACGCCCUUUUAAACGGUGCUUUUUUGAGGGGAGGGUCUGUUGUGGUGGUGGUGGUGUUGUUAUUUUUAUUAGGUAUUUUGUGUUUUAGUUCUUGAUUUUAUUCUGUGAACCGCCCUGAGACCCCUGGGUAUAAAGCGAUAAAUACUGUAUUUUUCCGUGUAUAACACGCCCCCAACUAAUCGCCCGUCCCACAUAUGCACUAUCCAUGUAUAAGAUGCGGACCCCCCCCCCCCGAUUUUUAACAUUAUUUUAGAGCAGCCUUUCUCGACCUGUAGGUCCCCAGAUGCUGUUGAACUACAACUCCCAUCACCCCUAGCUAGCAAGGCCAGAGCUCAGGGAUGAUGGGAGUUGUAGUCCAACAACAUCUGAGGACACACAGGUUGAGAAUUGCUGUUUUAGAGUAAAAAAAAACCUCGUCUUCUACACAGAAAAGUACGGUAAAUUCAAUAAAUAGUAAUAGGUUGGGAGACAGUUGGGAGAGCAUGAUACUCCUCAUCUCAGGGUCAUGGGUUCGAGCCCCACGUUGGGCAAAAGAUUCCUGCAUUGCAAGGGGUUGGACUAGAUGACCCUGGGUGUCCCUUCCAACUCUGCAAAUUCGCAGAGAAAGCUAUCGACAGCUAUAGUCUCGGGUGGCUGUGUUCUGCCUCCACUGUCGCUUCUGAAUACCAGUGGCCGGGAAUCUCAAGGCAGGGAGUCCUCCUUGAGAAUUUCCCAAUGGUUGUCCAUUGUAGGCUUGGUGAGCCCCUGGCCUCUUCUGAUGUCCUUAGGUAGGGUGGUUGGUUGGGUAUGUGGGCGUUCAGCACGCAUGAGAUGGGCCCCAAUAUAUUUCAGAAUGCCUUUCCCCUUAUGAAAGCACACGGACCCUGUUAGAUAUUCAUCUGAGGCCCUCUCCCCUUCUUGAGAGAGGUUGGCAACAAGGGACGGGGCCUUUUCAGUGGUGGCACCCUGCUUGUGGAAAGCUCUCCUGAGAAUAACGUCCUUUCAGAUCAGGGCAAUUUGCUGUCUGGUAUGUUUCCCACUGAGCUCCUUGGAGGAAAACGGAGCUAUAAAAUGGAAAACGAUCGCAGUCCCAACCAAAGAAGAAUGGCAGCUUAAGUUGACAGAAUAUGCACAAUUUGCAGACUUGACAUAUAGAAUAAGAGAACAAGGAGAACAUAUCAUUAAAGAAGAUUGGAAAGCAUUUAUUGAAUAUAUGGGAAAUAAUUGUGUACAGCUAAAAACGCUGGCAGCGUUAAGAUAACUUCAACAGAGUAAAUUGAUGGAUGCAAUAACGGAAAACCGAUUGUUAUAGUUUUUGUAAAACAUGCAGGGAUUUAAGAUAUGUAAAAUGAACCGUGGAAAGAGGAGAAGGGAAGUCGUUGCCAUCUUAAGGAUGUAAAAUGUUUAUUUGAAAUUCUAGAACAGGAAAUUUAAUAAGAAUUAUAUUAAGAAAAUAAACGGAGCUGUAAACACGAUAAAUAAAGGGAAAACAUGGAACUGAGAGUACCGCAAAGGACAGGUCCUUAGAAUCGUAUCGUUGGUAGGGGGCUCCAGGGGUCAUCUAGUCCAACCCCCCGCAAUCCCUAUUCCUCAUAGUGAAACGCACACUCUCUUUUGCCGUUUGCCUAGGGUGCACUACGACGGAAAGGACCACCCGAAGCCCGGCUACAAAAUCAUCGACACGACUCCCUAUAGCCAUUCGGCUAACCUGGCCUCGGGAGCCCCCGGACACCAGCGCACCUUCCUGACCUACCGGCGAGCCAGCGAGAGCCAGGCCUACAGCACGCUGGGCAUCACCGACAUCUGCCUUAUCAUGCCCAGCAAAGGGGAGAGCCUCCCACACACCUUCUGCCGCGUGGACCGGAACCUCAACGCGGGCAUGGUGAGUACCGGAGCUCAGCUGCUGCCCUGGCGCAGUGGCAGAACUCAUGGCUUUGUACCCAGGAGGUCCCUGGUACGGUCCCUGGCAUCUCCAGGGAGGGCUGGGGGUUCCUUCUCCUCUCCCAUCUGAAAUCCUGAAGUGUGGCUGUCAGUCAGUUCAGGCAUUACUGAUCUGGACGGAGCAACGAGCUGACAAAUUACCCCAGCUCCGCUCAAUUCCUGUUUUGUCCUUUAUUCAUAGAAUUGUAGAGUUGGAAGGGACCACCAGGAUAAUCCAAUCCAAGUCCCCUUCAAUGCAGGAAUCCUUUGCCGAAUGUGGGACUCGAACCCACAACCCUCAGAUUAAGAGUCUCAUGCUCUGCCAACUGAGCCAUCUCAUUGCUCAGAACCAGGAGGGCUGGAACCUUCCUGUAGGGGAAGGCAGCAGAGUGCAGAAGGUCCCAGGAUCAGUCCCUGGCGUUUCCAGUUGAAGACCCAGGGAGCAGAUCAUGGGGAAAUUUUUCCUGCUCUUCUUGAGACUCUGGAGAGCAGCUGUCAGUCAGUGUAGCCAACAUUAGGUUAGUUGGACAAAUACCCUUGACUUAGUCCAAGCAGAUUUCUCUGUUCCCGAGGCUGCUUUUUCUGUGGUCCAGCCAAUUGCUUUCCUCCACCUUUUCUUGCCUAUCUCUUUUAUGCAGUGGGGACCAGCCCUCUACAUCUGCUACAAGAUGGCGUUGGCAAAAGGGAACACUCUGGUUUACCAAGCAGGUAUGUCUCGGACAGAGGACACGGGGCUCUUGGGGGCCUUAUUGAGCUCCCUGUGUGUGUUGACUUAUCGUUUUUAAGAAACUGCCAUCCUGUCGCCCGGCUCUAACACAGGGGCAGGGGGACAUUUGGCCCUCAAGGUGCCAGUGGAUUAUAACUCUCCUCCUCUCCACCAAGGAUGCUCUGAUCAAAGCACUGUAGCUCAGUGUCAGAGCAUCCGCUUUGCCUCCAGAAGGUUCCAGGUUCAAUCCCCAGCCUCUCCAGAGAGAGCCCCCUGCCUGAAACCCUGGAGAGAUGCUGCCAGUCCGUGCAGGCAAUACUGAACCAGGUGGAUCAGUGAUUGGAGCACUCGCUUUAUAUUGCCAGCUUGUCUUGAUAUACAAGGUGUGAACGGAAAGUUUGGUGAACGGUCACAGAAAUCGGACAGCGAGAAAUAUUCAAACAUAAUCAGUCGGCAUCGGAAACCCACAAAAUGCUCACAAUUGUGUAGGGAGAUGAAGCUGUAACUCGAAAGACAGUGUGUGAGUGGUUUAAGUGUUUCCAUGAAGGGUGGCAAACCAUCGAAGACAACCUUCAGUCUGGCAGACCGUUGACAAGCAGAACGGCGGCAAAUGUCGACAGAGUUUGUGAGUUAUUGAUGUGGGAACCACAUUUGUCCGUCCGAAUGAUGGUGGAAGAAUUUCAUUAUUUUUUUUUAAUGAUUUUUAUUAAGGUUUCAAUAAAAAGUUAGACAGAAAAACAUAAAAAUAGAAGUACAAAAAUACACAAUACAUAAUCCAAACAGAGAAGGAAAACACAGAAAACAAAAUACAAAAAAAAACCAAAAAAAACCCAGAACAAUUAAAAACAAUAUCACUUUUCCAUUUCCGUUUUUGAAUUUACUUAUUUUCUGGACUUCCUCAUACCUCCCUCUUUUGUAUUCCAGUUCAAAUUAUUUGUCCAGCAAUUUCUUUUCCACUUUUUUAAUCCCAAUCUUUAAUCUUAAUAUAAUAUAUAAUACUUAAACUUCUUUAAUCCUAAUCUUUAAUCUUAAUGUAAUAUAGCAUUAAAAUUUUACCUCUUAAGUACCAAAUUUCCAUUUCCUUAAACAUCUUUAAUCCUAAUCUUUAAUCUUAGUCUAUCAAUAACUUUAACCUGUAUAGCUGGAAACCACUUAUUUUCGAUCCAACAUCACUCUAACAUUCUUUGAUGGUGGAAGAAUUUCAUAUUCCGCAUGAAAUCGUUACUGAAUUGUCCCACCCUCCAUAUUCUCCCAAUCUGGCCCCACCGAAUUUCUUUCUUUUUCCAAAACUGAAAUCUUCGCUGAAAAGGCACUGAUUUUCCAACAUUCCAAACGUCCAAGCUGUUGUGACGAGGGAACUGAAAGCAGUACAAAAAGAGGACUUCUCCAGAAGUUUCCAAUGGCUCUACGAAUGUUGUCAAUGGUGCAUUGUAUCAGAGGGGGCCUACUUUGAAGGCCUGUAAGGCAUGUAUGUUCUCGCUGUCUGAUUUCUGUAACCAUUUACCAAACUUUCUGGUCACACCUUGUAUAUUGGCCGCCACAGUGGAGUUGGUCCUGAUUUUUGAGAAGCGUCCCUGUCGGGAGAGAUGGCGUGGGGGGAGGAUGUAGGAUGCUGAGAGCUUCUCAGGUUAAAACCAGCACCGUGACACUGGGCCUCAAAGCCUGUGAACUCAGGCAAAAUCUGAUUGCACCUCCCCAAGGUCCCAAAGGAGUCGCAGAAACAUCUGAGUAGUCUUCAAGGGCAAGCCCCAAGUAGUGCAGAAUGCAGUAGUCAAGCCUGAAGGUUGCAGGGAAUCAUGGAUCAGUGGAGCAGGAUCCCCUCUUCCUCUGAAUGGGUAGACCCUGAGGGAUAAAGUUAAAGGGAUCCCUGACCAUUAGGUCCACUCGUGGCCGACUCUGGGGUUGCGGCACUCAUCUCGCUUUAUUAGCCAAGGGAGCCAGCGUACAGCUUCCGGGUCAUGUGGCCAGCAUGACUAAGCCGCUUCUGGUGAACCAGAGCAGCGCAUGGAAACGCCGUUUACCUUCCCGCCGGAGCGGUACCUAUUUAUCUACUUGCACUUUGACAUGCUUUCGAACUGCUAGGUUGGCAGGAGCAGGGACCGAGCAACGGGAGCUCACCCUGUCAUGGGGAUUCGAACAGCCGACCUUCUGAUCGGCAAGUCCUAGGCUCUGUGGUUUAACCCACAGCGCCACCCGCAUCCCUUACCCUGAGGGAUAGUUGUAAUUAAUUGACGGGGAGGGACCGAAACAGCUUCCUCCCAUUUGUCUUCCCCUUCCAGGUCUCCUUAGUCGCUACCCGGAGGAGGACAAUGAGGCGUUCCCGUUGCCGGAGUCCGUGGCUGUUUUUUGCCUGCCCAUGGGGGCGACCAUCGAGAGCUGGCCGGCCGACACAAAAUACCAGCUUCCUGUCUUCUCCACCUUUGUGUUGACCGGGGCUUCAGGAGACAAGGUAGUCGGAUUGCAGGAUGGUGGGAACUACUUUUGGUCAGAGAACCUGGGGUGGGUGAUAGAUAGAUGAUAGAUAGAUAGAUAGAUAGAUAGAUAGAUAGAUAGAUAGAUUUAUUACGGUCAAAGACCAGCUCGCAUAACACAAUAUAAACAGUGUUCAUAAAGAUACAAUCAGAGCAGAUUGCAGCAAUAGCUCAUGAGUUAAAAUUGAGAUAUAUACAUACCCCCGUACAACUGAGAUUUAAAGGUAAAGGGACCCCUGACCAUUAGGUCCAGUUGUGACCGACUCUGGGGUUGCGGCGCUCAUCUCGCUUAAUUGGCCGAGGGAGCCGGCGUACAGCUUCUGGGUCAUGUGCCCAGCAUGACUAAGCUGCUUCUGGCGAACCAGAGCAGCGCACGGAAAUGCCGGUUACCUUCCCACCAGAGCGGUACCUAUUUAUCUACUUGCACUGGCAUGCUUUCGAACUGCUAGGUUGGCAGGAGCAGGGACUGAGCAACGGGAGCUCACCCUGUCACGGUCAUUCGAACCGCCAACCUUCUGAUCGGCAAGUCCUAGGCUCUGUGGUUUAACCCACAGCACCACCCGCGUCCCUACAACUGAGAUUUGGGCUACCAUAAAAAUUGACCCUGAGGCACCCCAAAGGGCGACUUCAGCAUUUCCCUAGUAAGCUAUUUUAUUCUAGAGGAUGAUCCAUGCCUACAAAUCUGGGCGCAGAAUCUGGCUACUAGCCAGGUCGACUCAGUUUGACUCAGUUCCCAGAACCAGACUCUGGGACAAGCUUUGGGCCACUACCAUCGAUAGAAGCCUACUAUAAUUCAGGUAGUACAUUCAAAUACGGCCCUGGGAGUCAGGUGCAGCCGGCUAGGGCACUUAACAGACCCCAUGAAAACAUUUAAGGGUGUUAGGCAAGGAUGCCUUUUUGGCCCCUUUAUUAUUUAAUUUUUAUUUAAAUAACCUGGUAACCACUCUCCAUAACCUCGACUACCACCCUCUGAAGUUAGCAAACCAGCACAUCACAGCUCUUCUUUACACAGACGACGCGGUAAUACUAUCCAGAACCCCCAGAGGGCUUAAAAAGUUAAAGGGACCCCUGACCAUUAGGUCCAGUCGUUACCGACUCUGGGGUUGUGCGCUCAUCUCGCUUUAUUGGCCGAGGGAGCCGACGUACAGCUUCCAGGUCAUGACUAAGCUGCUUCUGGCGAAUCAGAGCAGCGCACAUCCCACCGGAACGGUACCUAUUUAUCUACUUGCACUUUGACGUCCUUUUGAACUGCUAGGUUGGCAGGAGCAGGGACCGAGCAACGGAAGCUCACCCCGUCGUGGGGAUUUGAACCGCCGACCUUCUGAUCGGCAAGUCCUAGGCUCUGUGGUUUAACCCACAGCGCCACCGGCAUCCCAUAGGGCUUAGAAGAGCACUAAGAAAAUUAGCUGCCUAUUGUGAGACGGAAUGUCUGGGGUGAGUGAUAUCACCUCUCAGGGAGCAAUCGGAUAUUUGGGAUAGAGGGCUGUGCUACUUGGCAGGACUGUACCAACUUAGUGCAUGCGUGUGGGUUUUGUUGCAGACAGGUUAGGGCAAGUCUUUGUUUUAUUUGGGUGCUUCGGCAACAGAGGUGUCUGGCAAUCUACAUGAAAAAAUGGUUUUUUAAAAAUGAUUGGUUGGUUGCAUUUAUCACCUCCCUCUCCUGCCAAAGGAGCCCCGGGUGGCAAACAACAAAUAAUAAAAACAUAUUUAAACAUCAUAAAAACAUUUCCAAUGAAGAUGCAAACUAGGAAAGAUCUCAACUUAAACGUGACAAAAAACAUGAAUCACAGCCCAAAAACUAAUAGGCAGAGAGUUAACAACCUAUAAAAACAGUCUUUAGAAGACCAACGUCAUAGGGUGGAUCUAAAAACAUUCAAAUUACAGAGUCUUGGAAAUCUUUAAAAGACCAGCAAGUGAGCUAUUCUGGUUAGUGUUCAUUUUUCAUGUUAGCAUCAAUAUGUGUGCACAGCAUGGCAAUGGGCAAACAAGUCUGCAGAUGUCCCGCACACAUAACACACCUAUAAACAUAACAGUGGCAAAUACCCUUUGUUUGGCCAGAUUGACAACAAUAAGAAUUGGCCAGAUUGACAACAACAGAUUUUUGGGCAUUAAAUUACAAGAGGAUCUGUCCUGGAGUGUCAACACAAGGGGGCUUGUGAAGAAGGCGCAGCAGAGACUGUACUUUUUGAGAAUACUAAGGAAAAACCAUCUUCCGCAGAAACUGCUGCUUGCCUUCUAUCACUGUGCCAUUGAGAGCGUGCUCACUUAUGGCUUAUGUGUGUGGUACGGAAGCUGUACUACCCAGGACAGGAUGGGGUUGUGCAGGGUUGUUAAGGCAGCAGAGAGCAUUGUUGGCUGCCCACUCUCCACCUUAGAGCAGAUUUAUGCCACAAGGUGCCAUAGGAAGGCACUGGACAUAGUAAAAGAUCCAUCGCAUCCUGGUCACUGUCUCUUCGAGCUCUUGCCGUCGGGACGGAGAUACAGGACGAUGAAGACAAGAACGAGCCGUCUUAAGAACAGCUUCUUCUCCAGAGCGAUCUCGGCCCUGAAUGGGAAGCCCGGACUUUGAAAGUCAUCUAAUCUCCCUUGCUGUAUUAUACUGUAUUGAUUAAUUAGUGUUUUUAUGGAGCAGUCAAGUAAUUUCGUUGUCCCCGAAGGGAGCAAUGACAAUAAAGAUAUUAUUAUUAUUAUUAUUAUUAUUAUUAUUAUUAUUAUUAUUAUUAUUCUCCCUGUUCUCCUGAGAUUCCUUUCCAGGUCGCCUGGAGUUACUCCUCACUCACCCCAGGUGAGCGACUGAUUCACCAAGGUUUCACAGUGCUCUGACCUUCCUCCUUCCCUUCUUUGGCUUCUCUUGCUCUCACUCCCAGGUGUACGGCGCUGCCAUCCAGUUCUACGAGUCCUUCCCGCGGGAACGCCUCUCGGAGCGGCAGUGCAUGUGGCUGAACCUCCUCACCGUCGUCGACCGGCGCCCCAUCACCAGCAAAUCGGUGCAGACACGCAAGAGCAUCUGCGUCCUGUCCCACUGGCCCUUUUUUGACGUCUUCCGGAAAUUCCUCACUUUCCUGUACCGCUACAGCAUCUCGGGGCCUCACGUUCUUCCGCUUGAGGCGUAAGUUGGGGAUGCGGCCAAUAGGAUUGGGGCCUCUCUGUGUGGUUGUGAGGCCUGAAACGUAAGCAGAAACUUAGCUAGAUAACGGCCACAGCUCCCUCUAAUCUGAUAUGGUAGAUGGCAGAAUGUCUCGCCAGAGUGGCGCAUGCUCUAUUUAUCUCCAGCCUGGACUACUGCAAUGCUCUCUGUGUGGGGCUACCUUUGAAGGUACCUUUGAACUACAACUGAUCCAGAAUGCAGCAGCUAAAUGGUGACUGGGAGUGGCCACCGAGACCACAUAACACCAGUCCCGAAAUACCUACAUUGGCUCCCAGGACGUUUCCGAGCACAACAUUUAAGGCCCUAAAUAACCUCGGCCCAGUAUACCUGAAGGAGCGUCUCCACCCCCAUCGUUCUGCAUGGACACUGAGGUCCAGCACCGAGGGACUUGUGGCAGUUCCCUCAGAAGUGAGGUUGCAGGGAACCAGACAGAGGGCCUUCUCAGCAGUGGCGCCCGCCCUGUGGAACGCCCUCCCAUCAGAUGUCAAGGAAAUAAACAACUAUAAACAACUCCCACAAGUAUAAUAAUAAUAAUAAUAAUAAUAAUAAUUAUUAUUAUUAUUAUUUAUUUAUACCCCACCCAUCUGGCUGGGCUUCCCCAGCCACUCUGUGCGGCUUUCAACAAAAUAUUAAAAUACAGUAAUGCAUCAAACAUUAAAAGCUUCCCUAAACAGGGCUGCCUUCAGAUGUCUUCUAAAAGUCUGGUAAUUGUUGUUCUCCUUGACAUCUGAUGGAAGGGCGUUCCACAGGGCGGGUGCCACCACCGAGAAGGCCCUCUGCCUGGUUCCUGGUAACUUGGCUUCUCGCAGUGAGGGAACCGCCAGAAGGCCCUCAGAGCUGGACCUCAGCGUCCGGGCAGAACGAGGGGGGUGGAGACGCUCCUUCAGGUAUACUGGACCGAGGCCGUUUAGGGCUUUAAAGGUCACCACCAACACUUUGAAUUGUGCUUGGAAACGCACUGGGAGCCAAUGUAGGCUAUCCCUGUCCAGAUAGGGGCGUAGCUGGGCCACCAGCCGAAGCUGAUGGAAGGCACUGCGACUUUAAAGGAGGAAUAGACAAAUUCCUGGAGGAGAGGGCUCUGUGUUUUCUAGCCACAAUGUUUAUACUCUUGCCCCCACAGCUGGAGGGCAGUAAUGCUUCUGAAUCAGGCGGAUCAUUGGCCUGAUCCAGCAAAGCUCUUCCUAUGCCUGUAAGCUGCUGUUACAGGGCAGAGAUGGUGAUUGUGGUUUUAUUUGGUGUGUGUGGGUGUGGAAGGGUGUUCUUCUUCCCUGUGACUUCUCUGUUGCUCUUUCCAGGCACAUCUCUCAUUUCAUGCACAAUGUCCCCUUCCCAUCUCCACAGCGGCCUCGGAUCCUGGUUCAGGUAAGCAGAAAGUGGAGGAACCCAGAGCCUUUGCUCAUCCUGUUGUUGGCAGUGGGGGGGGAAGGGGUUGUAGGUCGCACCUUCCCCGGGUGACGGGGAAUCCGCUGGGCAAUUCCAUUGUGUUAGCAGUAGUGUUGUAGCAAACUCAGAGGUGCACGCUGCCUUCAUAAUAGUCACAACCGCACUUCCUUGCCACUGUACCCCCUUCUAAGAUUAUGCAUAAAUAUGCAUUGUCGUCGUUGUUGUUAUUGUUAUAUUAUUUCAAUUUAUAUAAUGCCCAGGAGGUCCCAGGACGGUGCACAACAUUAUAAAAACACAUUACAGAGCAUCAGUGAUAAAAACAUAAUGAAAAGCAUACCAACAGACAGCCUAAUAAUAAAAUAGUCAUCAUGAUAACAGUCCUUUCCCCCACGGUUUCACAGGCCAUAGAUCAGGCAUAGGCAAACUCCGGCCCUCCAGAUGUUUGGGACUACAAUUCCCAUCAUCCCUAGCUAACAGGACCAGUGGUCAGGGAUGAUGGGGGUUGUAGUCCCAAACAUCUGGAGGGCCGGAGUUUGCCUAUGCCUGUGAGAGAUGGCCAUCGGCCUAGGUAAAGAGGAAUGCCUUCGCCUGGCGCCUAAAGACAUGUAGUGGUGGCACCAGGUGAGCCUCUCUCAUCAAUUGGGGAGCCACCACAGAAAAGGCCCUCAUAACUAGGGAUGUAUUGGAACAAUCAAUGUAGAUCUCUAUGUGUUUGCCUUUCAGUUAGGUUUACUAUUUUCUCCACAUCCAAUGAUUUGGACUGCUCCAAUAUCUUAUCAUGUUGUGUUUUCCUUGAAGUUCCACUGUACACAAUGGAACUUGCCUGUCGUCCUCUUGAAACUGAAGCACCUUGAGAUUUCAGUGUUCCUGAAUCCUUAGCUUUGGAGCAUACAUUACAUCUCCUCCUCGGUGUUCUUCCUGCACUCCUCCAGAGUGACCCUGGGAGCCGAUCCUCAGGGGCUGUCUUACCUCUUUCCUCUCCCGAUUGGCUCUAAACAGUACAAAGGGUGAGGAGACUUCUUCUCAUUGGCUUAAAACAGGCAUGGCCAAACUUGGCCCUCCAGCUGUUUUGGGACUACAACUCCCAUCAUCCCUAGCUAACAGGACCAGUGGUCAGGGAUGGUGGGAAUUGUAGUCCCAAAACAGCUGGAGGGCCAAGUUUGGCGAUGCCUGGAGCCUUAAAAGCUCCCCUUUUCAUGCUGGUUGGGUGCCUCUAGGGUGCUGUGAAUUGACGGAUCCUGCUGCUGAAAUAGCAAUGGGUCUUUGACUCCCCUGCAACCCUAGACCGCUACACCUCUGUCUGUCAGGCAGCUGAAGAACAAGCCAUUGGUCAAGCCAGGACCUUCUACGUAAUAACCAUUUGCUCAACUCCGAGUGAUGCUUGAAGAGAGGCCCUUAGCUCUUAGCUGGUCAGUCAGGCUGCCUUGCAUUAAGAAGAUGCCAGGCAUCUCCAGUCAGACCAGGAAUUGUCCCCUGUCUGAAACCCUGGAGAGCUGUGCUGCCAGUCUGUAUAGGAAAUUCUGAGCUGGAUAUAUAUAUAUUGAAAGUAUAAAACUAGGAAUCUGAAGAUUAUGGUUCAUCUGGGGCGGAGGAUUGAGAAGUGACCUCCGACCUCUGAUGGACAUGCAUGUUUUGCAGUACAGUGGUACCUCGGGUUACAAACACUUUGGGUUACAGACUCCGCUAACCCAGAAAUAGUACCUCGGGUUGAGAACUUUGCUUCAGGAUGAGAACAGAAAUCGUGCAGCAGCAGCAGGAGGCCCCAUUGGCUAAAGUGGUACCUCAGGUUAAGAACAGUUUCAGAUUAAGAACAAACCUCCGGAACGAAUUAAGUUCGCAACCAGAGAUACCACUAUAAUCUAGGUGUUGCGCUAAUAAAGGACAAGUUUUGGUCUGUGCUGCUGAUUGUUUAAGCUGUAUCUAAAGCUGUGUUUUCUCUUUAACAAAUCACUCAGGAGUCAGUUCUUCUCUUCCUCUCCCCUCUCCCUUCUUUUUGCCUGUCCAGAUGUCUUCCUACGAUAACAUGCUCUUGUGCCAGCCUGUUUCAUCUCCUCUGCCACUCAGGUAUGCUCUUCUGACGUUAUGAGAUCUGCUGCUAACUUAACUCCGGUUUCGCCCAAGGGAACUUCUGCCUGGACCAGCGUGUCGUGUGAAACUACGGUCUGGCUCAUGCGGGACCAUGUUCAAAGUGUAACUCUUAGUAUAUAAACAGCUUGGGAUGAGUUUGCCUGUGAGAUCGAUUUAUCCCACGCAUGCCUACUUGACCACUGCAAUCUGAAGAACUGGGGCUGUUGCAGGUGCCACGAAAUACCACUAUGUGUUUAUAAUAAAUUGAUAUAUCAUCGUCGCAGCACGCAAACCUUGGAACUCCCUGCCUAUUGACAAGCACCUUUGCUAGAUUCCUUUCAGUGCCUGCUUAGGAAUGCUUUAAGGCAAGCCUAUCCUAGACAUGUGGAACACGGGUGGCGCUGUGGGUUAAACCACAGAGACUAGAACUUGCCGAUCAGAAGGUUGGCGGUUCAAAUCCCCACGACGGGGUGAGCUCCCGUUACUCAGUCCCUGCUCCUGCCAACCUAGCAGUUCGAAAGCACGUCAAAGUGCAAGUAGAUAAAUAGGUACCGCUCCGGUGAGAAGGUAAACAGUGUUUCUGUGAGCUGCUCUGGUUCGCCAUAAGUGGCUUAGUCAGGCUGGCCACAUGACCCAGAAGCUGUACGCCGGCUCCCUUGGCCAAUAAAGUGAGAUGAGGGCCGCAACCCCAGAGUCGUCCGCGACUGGACCUAAUGGUCAGGGGUCCCUUUACCUUUACUAUCCUAGACAUGUAGUAUCCUGACAUGUGUUUUAAUCUGGGUUAUUAAAAACUAUUUUAACUAUUAAAAUGUUUCAAAUAACUGCUUUUAACUGGUUUUGUUUCCACUGUGUACAUUUCAGGGUAAAAUUAACAGUAAGCAAAGAUGAAAACAUGUCAGCCUCCACAUGUCUGAAUAGGUUUCCCUAAACAAAAAUGCUUUUUUGCAGGCGCCAAACAGUUUUAAAUUAAAUUCAGUAGUAAUUUUUUAAUAUGGAAUUACUGGUGGAGAAGCUGCCUUGAUCUUCGCCUCAGGUGUCAAAAUGCCUUGGGCCGGCCUUGUUAUUUGUAUAUAAUGUGGGGGAAUGUAACCAGACAAGCAUUCCUGGGAUAGUGGAACUGAGCGAGUUGGGUUCUUAAAGGGCUUGGGGAGUCAGUUGCCUUUUCACCGACCAAGACCUUCUUUCCUUACAGUGGUGCCAGCUUCCUCACCCUGCUGCAGACACUGGGUCCCGAAAACGCCGUGGCCCUCCUUGUGGCGGUGCUGACGGAGCAGAAGCUGCUCAUCCACUCCCUGCGGCCGGACGUCUUGACCAGCGUGGGCGAAGCCUUGGUCUCUGUGAGUCGGGGCUCCUGGGUGGCCUUUGGGGGUUCAGGUGGGGCGGAAGACAGGGGGGCAGCAGUAGGCAAAGCCAGUAAGAGGUGGAGCCAGAGACCAUGACAGGCAGAGCCAGCUAAACCCACAUUCACCCCAUACCUUUAAAGCUCUAUGAUGCUGGUUUCAACCACUAUAUUCUUCCCCUCAAGAAUUCAACCAUGAUUAAAUGGGCCGGCCCAAGACUUCGGCCAUAACAUAGAUAUGAGCCAAUGGAAAGAAUAGAAUAGAAUAGAAUAGAAUAGAAUAGAAUAGAAUAGAAUAGAAUAGAAUUUAUAAUUUAUUCCCUGCCCAUCUGGCUGGGUUUCCGCAGCCACUCUGGGCGGCAUCCAACAAAGUAUUAAAAUACAGUGGUCUGUUAAACAUUAAAAGCUUCCCUAAACAGGGCUGCCUUCAGAUGUCUUCUAAAAGUCUGGCAGUUGUUCUUCUCUUUGACAUCUAGUGGGAGGGGUGGGUGGGAAAACUUAUGGAAAGUAAACUGGAAAUUUACGGUAUGCUAAAGCAGUGAGCCUCUUGGGCUUGCCGAUCAGAAGGUCGGCAGGUUCGAAUCCCCGCGGCGGGUUGAGCUCCCGUUGCUUGGUCCCUGCUCCUGCCAACCUAGCAGUUCAAAAGCACGUCAAAGUGCAAGUAGAUAAAUAGGUACCGCUCCGGCGGGAAAGUAAACGGCAUUUCCGUGCACUGCUCUGGUUCGCCAGAAGCGGCUUAGUCAUGCUGGCCACAUGACCCGGAAAAACUGUCUGCGGACAAACGCCGGCUCCCUCGGCCUGAAAGCGAGAUGAGCACCGCAACCCCAGAGUCUUUCGCGGCUGGACUUUUUUUAAAAAAAAAAAAUAAUAUUUAUUCCAUAUUUAAAGUUACAGGAAAAAAGAAAAACCAUACAAAAUACAAAGAAAACUUUAACCCUAACAGAGCAAAGGAUAAACGAGUAAAAAGAACAGUGAGAUAGAAUAAAAAAGAAAACUUAACAAAAAAUAUAAAAAUACAUUGAGUUAAAAUAAAGCAAAAACAGAUUAAACCUUUACAUAACCUUAUCCCUUUACUUAUUUCCAUGACCUCCUCUCACCUCCCAAUUUUGUAUUCUAGUUCAAAUCGUAUUUCCAGCAAAUCCCUCUAACCUUAUUUUCAUUUACGUAUUUUAAAAUUAAAAUAAUGUAAUUAAACCUUCUCUAUUUCAUCAAAUUCAUCGACUCAUUUUUGCUUAUUCCAUUAUAUCAUAUCUGCCUAAACGACCUAAUAUUCUUUUUCCAACCUCCUUCUAACAUUCUUUUAUAUUACAAUACUUUUGAAGAUAUAUUUUAAAUUUUUUCCAAUCUUCUUCCAUCGACCCUUCUCUCUGGUCUCGAAUUCUGCCGGUCAUCUCAGCCAGUUCCAUAUAGUCCCUUUCGCGGCUGGACUUAACUGUCAGGGGUCCUUUACCUUUUUUAUACUCUAAGGGACAACCUUUUAAAAAUGUUAUAUCGUUGGUAUUUGACCCCUGGAAACUAUCAAAAAUGUAUAGAAGCGUCCCCAAUACCUGCUGGUGAUGUGGAGAAACAUGCAGUACCGUGUAUCAUAUGUGGUGGGUGUGUAAAAAGAUCAAAGCCUUCUGGAAUGAUAUUUAUUUAGAACUUUAAAAAAUGUUAAAAGUAAAAGGUGAAGGGUGGCUUACAGCACAUAAAAAUUUUUCAAUACCCAGAGUGGUUUAACCAGGCAUAGGCAAACUCGGCCCUCCAGAUGUUUUGGGACUACAACUCCCAUCAUCCCUGACCACUGGUUCCGUUAGCUAGGGAUGAUGGGAGUUGCAGUCCCAAAACGUCUGGAGGGCCGAGUUUGCCUAUGCCUGGGUUUAACAACACUUCUUCCCAGGAAACUCUGGGAGUUGUAGCUCUGUGAGCGGGAAUUCUCAUCACCCGUAGCAAACUACAGUUCCCAGAAUUUUUUUUUGGGGGGGGGGGAGAGAAGCUUGAAGUGGGAUAGCACUGCUUUAAAUGUGCAGUGCGUAUGGGCCCCCGGUUUCCUCCAUCUAGGCCUCUCAACCAGUGGUGUAGCGUGGGGGGUGCAGGGGGGGCCGGCCGCACCGGGCGCAACAUCUGGGGGGUGCGCGCUCGCACUCGCAGCUCUCUACCCCUACCUGGCUCACUCACUCUCUCUCACUGCAGUGCUGGCUGCAGUGCUGGCUCUCUCACUGCAGUGCUGACUCUCUCUCACUGCAGUGCUGGCUGUGCGAAUCCGAUCCGAGCCGCUGGGUCGCCGCCCACUGUGGAGGGGGUGGGUGCCAGGCGUGCGGUGCGGAGAGAGAGCAAGGGACUAUCUGGGGGAGGGGCAGUGCAGCGGCCGCCCAGCGCAGCGCUGAGCGCGGGAGAGAACCACACCAGACCAGCCCAGGCAGCAGCAAGAAGAAGCUGGCAGCGGCGGCAGGUUAGGGGUUAGGGGGCACAAAUUACUUGCCUUGCCACGGGUUAGGGGGCGCAAAUUACUUGCCUUGCCCCAGGUGCUGACAACCCACGCUACGCCGCUGCUCGCAACGUAUUUUUAUUACCCUGCCAGAUCCUUCCAAGGCCCCCAGCCCUCACCUCUGCGUUUGCUCCCCCCAGAUGAUAUUCCCACUGCACUGGCAGUGCCCUUACAUCCCCCUCUGCCCGCUCACCCUGGCCGACGUGCUGUGCGCCCCGGUGCCCUUCAUCGUCGGGGUCCACUCCAGCUACUUCGACCUCUACGACCCGCCGCACGACGUCAUCUGCGUCGAUCUGGACACCAAUACCAUCUUCCAGUGAGUGCCGCAAGCGGAUGGGGGGCGUGACCUGCUCCCCAUCCCCCUUGCAAGGACUCCCCGCCGCCCCCUUCCAUAGCUGUCAACUUACAGAUUUGAAAAUAAGGGACCAGCAGCCUCGAAAAUAAGGGAUCAGCAGCCAAAAUGAGGGAUCAACAAUUACUUUUAUAAAAUACAUAUUUUGUUGCGUGCAAAUUGCCUUAGAUAGCUAUUAGGUCCAUAAAUUACCAUAUAGCAUAUAUUCAACACAAAAAAACAGCGACAAUUUGUUGUUGACAAAGCAAGCUGGACAUAGAAAGGGCCCCAUUACCUUCAGUAGCUUAUUUAAGAGACAUCAUCAAUAAGGGACAGCAGCGAGACAUGGCGCUGGAAUAAGGGACUGUCCUGCCAAAUAAGGGACGCUUGACAGCUAUGCCCCCUUCUCUCUUUUUAAAAACUUGUUCGUUUUAUUAAAUUUUAAGAGAUCGGCACAAAUCGUAUCUGCAUCAAUAUAAAUGACUUUCAGGGUUUAAGAUCUCCCUCGUUCGUAUUACAGUAAUUAGCAAAGGGUCCCCCCCACUUCGUGUGGAGCAGUGGUUAGAGUGUCGGGCCAGGUGCUAGGAGACCAGGGUUUGAAUCCCCGCUUGGUCACGAGGCUCACUCCCUGGGACAAGUCCCUGCCUCUCAGCCUAAGCUACCUCACAAGGUUGUUGUGGGAUUAAAUGAAGAGAACCGUGAGGCCAUCUUGAGCUCUGUGGAGAAGAAAAUGAGGUGGGAUAUAAAUGCUACAAAUAAAUAAUAAUAAUAAUAAUAAUAAUAAUAAUAAUAAUUUAUAAUAAUUAUUUAUUAUUUAUACCCCGCCCAUCUGGCUGGGGUAUAAAUCAUCCUUUAUGGGUUAAAACAGUUGUUUUUUGUUAAUUCAAGGUUCUUCAGCGGCCAUUCCUCUAUAGAUAAAUCUGUGGGUCUCUCCAUUAGUAUCCCACUGUUCCUCCAAGGAGCUCAAGGUAGGGAAUACGGCCCCCUUAUUUCCCCCCCUCUGUGACGUAGGGUAGGCCGAGAGUGAGCAGCUGGCCUGAGGUCACGCCCAGCAAAUUUCAUGGCUCAGAGGGGAUUCGAACCCUGCUCUCUCCCAGCUCCUCAUCCAGAAGUCUGGCCACACUGGAUCUCACUCCCCGCUUGCUGUUUGUCUUCGUGCAAGAUUUCCCUGUUGGGGAAUCAGUGCAGCUGGGGAAUCUGUUUUCAAAAGAGCAACUCUGGGAAGGGGUCCUCUUUGCAGGUGGGGAGCAGGCAGGGAGGGGUGGGGGAACGCCGUGGCUGCAGGGCAGGCUGGCAGGAGGCACUAACCGUAAAGGCAGCUUUCCUCCAUGCGCAGGUGCGAGGAAAGGAAGCUGCUGUCGACACGGUCGCUGCCUCGGAAACCUUGCAAGGUGCUCUUGGCUUGCUUGAACUCCCUGUACCAUCAGCUGGAUGAAAGUGAGUAGUCAGUGCAUGCAGUGGAGGGAAUUAGGAUCAGAGGGGAUGCAAAUGUUGUGACACGAAACCAUGGCUAAUGCUCCUCUCUUUCCUCCAUCCAAACAAGCAUGGUUCGUGGGCAUAUUCCACGCCGGUAGAAGCACUCAGGGAAGGGGUGCAACAGGGUCUGUGUGGGAAUCUGGCCAGGGGAAGUCCCGAGAAAAAAAUAGAGAGGCCCAGAAGGCCCUCCCCUAGGUCUGCGGUUCCCUGUUGUUAAUGUGAGCCAAGGUUUAUAAACCAACAAACCGUGGUUUAGGCCUCUCUAUCUGGCCCUUGGUACUUUCCUCAGGCCACACCCCUCAGAACUCACUGUCACGCCCCUUUCUCCAGGCCACACCCCUCAGAACUCCUCUCUGCCACGCCCCUCUCCCCAGACCACACCCCCUCAUCAGUUGUUCCGCCUGGCCUUUGGCUUGGAAUCAACUUGAUCCCCUCCCCCUCUUUCCUUUUUCCUUUCUCCUUCUGUGAUGGAACUCCUAUUUGGGGACUUCCCUGGCUUUUUCUGGCCCACGUAGGACCAGUCUGGAUAGUUGGCCUUGGUGAAGAUUUGACGUUUUCAUCCCCCAAAAGUUUUUGAUUUGAGUUUCUACUGAAAUGAGGCUGCAUCUUAAUGUUGUAUUUUAAUCUUGUUUUUCAGUUUUUAUUUUAAUCAAUUGAUUUUAUAUCUGGUGUUAGCCGCCCUGAGCCCAGUCUUGGCUGGGGAGGGUGGGGUAUAAAUAAAAUUUAUUAUUAUUAUUAUUAUUAUUAUCAUCAUCAUCAUCAUCAUCAUCCCUGCUUCGCACCCUCUUUGAGUGUUUUGUCCUGGCUGUGGAUGUGCCCCUGAGCUCUGAUCUUGUCUCUGCUUGCCUGGGUGGAUGAUAGAGAGGCGGCCCCAGGACCAACAUUUUGGGGGAUUUUACAACAGGAAAUAAACUGCCACAAGGGCUGGAUUCAAUCAGCAGGCGCUCAGGAUUAGGCCCUCAGGCCGGACUUUGAACAUGCCUGGCUUACAAACAAAUUUUAUUGCAACCUUUUCAGAAUAAUAAAAUUUGGGAGUGAUACCCAUACGAAGAUGGGUCCGAGCCCCACGUUGGACAAAAAAAACUUCCCAUAUUGGACUAGAUGAACCUUGUGGUUCUCCUUCCAGCUCUACAAUUCUAUGAUUCUGUGAGGUAAUCCUGCUGACAGGAUCCCUGAUAGGUUGGCCACCCAACCUCCGCUUAGAAACCACGAGGGCAGCCUUUCUCAACCUGUGGUUCCCCAGAUGUGGCUGGACUACAACUCCCAUCAUCCCAACUAGCAAGGCCAGAGCUCAGGGAUGAUGGGAGUUGUAGUCCAACCACACCUGGGGACCCGCAGGUUGAGAACCGCUGCACUAGGGUAAGAGAACUUGAAUACCUCCUUAACAUCCUUGUCGCCCUCUCCUCUGCAGUGUAUAACCGGCCCGUCGAGGAAGCCACCCUGGAAUUCCUGCUGACCGACUACGACCUCAUCUACGGCCGGCGGAAACAGCUGGAACUGGACAUCCAGGGGGCUUUCCUUCGCUUCAUGGCCUGCCUGCUGAAGGGCUACCGCUGCUACCUCCUGCCCAUAACGCAGGCGCCCUCUGAGAAGACCCGCGACUCCAGUAGCCUCUUCAACCUCCAGGGUACGGCAAGACAGGGGAGGGAGCUGUCCCAACGCCCGGGUCCUGCGUGGGGGCUUCCCCUGGAGGAGAGGAUGCUCAGCUAGAGGGGCCACGGGCCUGAUCCACCAGCCAGGCUCUAAGAACCGUAGAAUUGUCUGGCCCAGCUCCCUGCAAUCUUUCGCCCCACGUGGGAUUCAAACCCACGACCUUGAGAUUAAGAGGCUCAUGAUCUUCCGACUGAGCUAUCUUCUUAUGUUCCAGUGAGGGAGGGCAUAUUCAUGGAGGAUAUCAGCAGCUUCUGGUCGCAGGGACUAUAUUCUUCCUCCCAAGAUGAAAUAGGCCAUCGAGACAUAUAAAAUGUAGACAUGUGUUUUAGUUUGAUUUUCAGCUUUGUCGUUGAUCUUUCCUUUUGAAUUCUUUAAAGGGUUGUUUUUCUGAUAAUUUCGUCGCUUUAUUUUUGCAAAACCCCUUUGAGGUUUUCUGCUUGUUUUCUGCAAUCAUACGGUAGAUAAAUUUUACGAGAUGCGUACAUAACAACAACAAAAUGUUUGAGGCUUUUUGCUUUUUUUUAAUAAGUGGUAUACAAACUUUAUGAAAUGUGUUUUACGACGCAGGUGUUAGCCUGGUUUUUAGCUUUGGCGUGGAUCUGAAUUAUUUUUUCCAAUUUUUAAAAUAGCUGUUUCGUCGCUUUAUUUUUUUGCAAAACCUCUUUGAGGUUUUUUGCUUGUUUUCUGCAAUCAUACAGUCCAUAAAUUUCAUGAGAUGAGUAGAUAACAACAGCAACAACAGCAGCAAUAGCUUGAGUGCAGAUUUGAACCUAAGUCUUACCUGGCCCAGUGCUCUAACCACUACACCACCACUGCCUCCCAUUCCCCCCCUCUCCUCAAUCCAGGCUUCCUGAAGUCACGUGACCGGGCGUAUCACAAGUUUUAUGGGCAGCUCCUCCGCACCCAGCUCUUCACGCAGUUCAUUGAGGAGUGCUCCUUCGUCAACGACCGCCACACAUCCCUAGAGUUCUUCGACUCCUGCGUGGAGAAGGUGACAGGAAGGGAGCUAAAUGUGGGUUCAGCUGGGGCCCAGGAAAUGGGCGCUGUACAGAUCAGGCUAUUGAACAGUCAAAAUGAGAUUUGGUGAAUUUCAUGUGUCGAGUGUGCUACUUAAAGCAAUGGGGGGAUACUUCAGUCAAGGGUGGGUGGCUGUUCCCGCAGACCUUAAUCCAGUCCCAGUACAGUGGUACCUUGGUUCUCAAACACGUUGGUACUCAAACGACUUGGAACCCAAACACUGCAAACCCAGAAGUAAGUGUUCCGGUUUGCAAACUUUUUUGAGAAGCUGAAUGUGCUCCAUUUUGAGUGUUACGCUUCCGAUUUGAGUGCCAUGCUUCCGUUCUGAGUGUUACACUGAGGUCUGUCUGUUUUUGCUGUUUAUUUUGCAUUUUUGUUUUUGUGGCUCUUUUUGUUUUGUUUUUGUGACUGUCUGGAACCCAGUUCAGCUACUGAUUGUGUGUCUGCAGUACAUUGUUUAUUGCUUUUAUUUUAUUGAUCAGUGGUCUCGUUAGAUAGUAAAAUUCAUGUUAAAUUGCUGUUUUUAAAAGUCUGGAAUGGAUUAAUCCAUUUUGCUUUACAAUGGUACCUCGGGUUACAUACGCUUCAAGUUACAGAUGCUUCAGGUUACAGACUCCGCUAACCCAGUAAUAGUACCUUGGGUUAAGAACUUUGCUUCAAGAUGAGAACAGAAAUCGGGCGGCGGCAGCGAGAGGCCCCAUUAGUUAAAGUGGUGCUUCAGGUUAAGAACAGUUUCAGGUUAAGAACGGACCUCCAGAACGAAUUAAGUACGUAACCAGAGGUACCACUGUACUUUCUUUGGGAAAGCACGCCUUGGUUUUGGAACGCUUUGGUUUUGGAACGGACUUCUGGAACGGAUUAAGUUUGAGAACCAAGGUACCACUGUAAGGCUUUUGCAGUCUACAAGAGCUCCCUCAAAUGGUCAUUCAAUUUAAAAAAAGGACUUUAAAAAGUGACCGCUUCCUAGAUCCCCUGAUGUGAGGCCAUGAUGCCACGUUAAUGCACUUCACAAGAUGUCUCUCUCUCCUGCCAUCGCUGUUCCUGCUCAGGUGGACCUGGAGAAGAUGGAGGAAUCUCCCCUGAUCGAACUAGACGACACUCACGGCAGCGAACACACCGUCUUCAUCAUGCCCCCGGAGGAGCCCACCGGACCCAAUGGCUCUGAGCUGCCACCGCGCUACCAGUGAGUUCUGCUGGAAUCACAGCACGGCAGAGUUGGGAAGGGGCCCCUCAGGAGUCAUCCAGCCCAACCCGCUGUGACGCAGAAAUCACAGCUAAAGAGUCCCCGGCCGAACAGCCCGUACUAUCAGGACGUUCCUCCUAACGUUUAGUCAGAACUUCUUUUCUUGCAACUUGAAUUCCUUGGUUCAGGUCCUGCCUUCUGGAGCAGCGGAAAUCUAGCUUGCUCCACCUUCGACGUGACAGCCCUCCAAGUGUUUGAAGAAGACUUCUGUGUCACUUACCAUAACACACCUUGAUUUUGUGUGUAUAAAUUGGGGUGUGGGAGAAACGUAAACGGUUUAGAUAAUUUUGUUCAAACGUUGAGAAGAGAGCAUAGCUUGAGAUUUCGUUUUUGGGGUUUUUUUGGGUUGCAUCAGAAUGUUGACCCUACUCAGAUAAGACCCUUUGGAAUUAAUUAGUGGGCCUGCAGUCAUCCCGGUCCCACCUUGAGGUGAGCAGCAGAAACCAGGGUGGGGCUGCGCAAGUAAGCCUGUUGGUACAUCAACUCUUGACAUGGAGAGAAGAGCCUCUUUGGGGAAGGGUUAUAGCUCAGCAGCAGAACAGCCCCUGCCUUGCAAGAAGAAUUCCAUCCCAAAAUUUCCAGAAAAGUUUCCUGCCUGAAAUCCUGGAGAGCGCUACUGCCAGUCCGUGUCAGCAGUACUGAGCUAGAUGCACCAACCGUCCAACUCAAGUGACCCAUUUUCCUAUUUAUUCAGAACAGUGAGGACUAGAAUCUUAACUUUCCUUUUGCAGGAAGGGGCUGCCGCUCAGUGCUAGAGCAUCUGCUUUGCAAAUUUGCAUGAAACCCCGGAAUGCUGCUGACCGUCAGUGUGGUCAGUGUGAGCUAGGGGGACAGCGAUCUGACUCUGUAUAUGGCCGUUCCUAUGUGCCUGUUUAGAACUAUUCAGAAGCAGGAGGUCUAGAAGCCUUAUUUUAAGGGGGAAGGCCACAGCUCAGCCGACCGCCUCCUUCUCUCUCUUCACUCCAGGUACGAUGGCUUCCCCAGGCUGCAGGCCAAGCUCUUUGAGCGGCCCCAGGACCAGCUCAUGCCCUCACUUUGCCAAGCCCGGACCAGCGCUCCCAGCAGCCCAGCUCCACGCAGGACCAAACAGGUAGGGUUUGCGCCUGGGCUUGCAGCAGUGGCUAUAGGUGUCCCCAGCCACUCGGUGCCUUAUAGCACAUAAAAAAUUGUAAAACGUGAGACAUACAAAAUUUCCCAAUAUAGGGCUGUCUUCAGAUGUCUUCUAAAAGUCAGAUAGUUGUUUAUUUCCUUGACAUAUGAUGGGAGGGCAUUCCACAGGGCGGGCGCCACUACCAACAAGGCCCUCUGCCUGGUUCCCUGUAACCUCACUUCUCACAGGGAGGAAACUGCCAGAAGGCCCUCGGAGCUGGACCUCAGUGUCUGGGCUGAACGAUAGGGGUGGAGUCCUUUAAGGGCACUUUCACAUUGCACAUUUAAAGCCCUGUGUGUGAAAAUAGACAUGGCUUCCCCCACAAAGGAUUCUGGGAACUGUCAUUUGUUGAGGGUGCUGAGAGCUGUUAGGAGACCUCAUUCCCAGAGCUGUUUUGACAUUCAAUCCCUCUUCCCAGGGAACUCUGGGAGUUAUAGCUCUGUAAAGGGAAUAGUAGUCUCCGAACUCUCAGCACCCUUAACUGACCACAGUUCCCAAGAGUCCUGCGGGGGAAGCUAUGAUAGUUUGAAAAGAUACCACAGGGCUUUAGUAGUGUGGUUCGGAUGUGGCCUAACCCUGGUUGAUUAACUUCAGCAGGUCUGCUCUGGGUAGAAAUAACCCUGGCUAAUCCCUGUUGACCUUGGGCUACAGUGCAGUUGAGAAAUAAAUUUUUCAAGUCCAAUUGUGACCUUCUCCCUUUCUUCUCCGCAAAACCCCACAAAUCUUCCCCACUCGAGGGACGAUUCCAACAGAUUCCACACAAAAAGCGCUUAUGUCCCUGUGGAGAUGGCAGUACCGAAUCGGUGGCGCAUGCCCUCCUGGCUUGCGCUCUUUAUAAAGACUUGAGGAAUGAGAUUAUCACCUCUCUUUUAUUGUCCAUUCCGGGUCGGCCAGCCACUGCCACCGUGCCCUUUCUCUUGGCAGAUCAUCAAGAUGAGCAGGUGACAGCAAAGGUUGCAAGGUUUUUUUAGCUGAGGCAGUGAGAAUAAGAUCCACUAUUUGACUAUUGAUUCAAAACCCUAAAAUGUGUUUUAUAGAAUUGACUUUUUAUUUCUAUUCUUUGUCUAUCGUAUUGUUGUUUUAUUGCUACGGCCGAUGGCUGACGCAAAUAAAGCUUCAUUCAUUCACUCCCCACCCCUUCCAGGAAAUGAAGGUAGCCCAGCGAGUGGCUCAGAAGUACUCUGCGAUGCCAGAUAUGUGGGCUAAGUGCUUGCUUGGGCACUGCUACGGCCUGUGGUUCAUCACGCUGCCCACCUACGUGCGGGCAGCAACCUCUAAGGUGCGGGCCUUGCAGACGGCCUACGAGGUGCUCAAACAGAUGGAGACCAAGAAGGUGGUGCUUCCCGAUGAGGUAGUUGCUGGAGCCUGAUGCCGUCUCCCCGAUGUUUACUGUACAGAAUUGGUUCAGUCCUUUGAAUUCAUCUGAAUCUGCUGCUUAUAAUAUAUAAUAAUAAUAAUACGUUUUUAUUUACACCCCACCCUUCCUGGUUCAGAAAACCGGGCUCAGGGCGGCUAACAACAAAUUUAAAACACUUAAUUGAUGCAACAAAAAACCAGCAUAAAAUACAGUAUAAAACGUGAAUAACAAUAAAUUCAGAAUUGAGGGGGGAAAUCCAUCCCAUAAACAUUAGAUGAUCACCAGGGCUAGCUGGCUAAAUUAGUCCUAUUUGGGCCAGCGAGGAGACCAGGGGAGAAUUAGCUGUGGGAUCCCAGAGUGGGUAAUCUUCAUAAAAAGGGGAGGGGGAAGGAAGGAAGGGGAAUAUAAGAUCAGGCUAAAUUCAAGUUGAAAGCCAGGCGGAAUAGCUCUCUCUUACAGGCCCUGCGGAAGGAAGUUAAAUCCUGCAGGGCCCUGGUCUCAUGGGACUGAGCAUUCCACCAGGUCGGAGCCAUCACUGAGAAGGCCCUGGCCCUAGUGGGGGAUAAUCUGACUUCCUUAGGGCCCGGAACCUCUAAACUAUGAUUAUUCAUGGACCUUAAGGUCCUCUGUGGGGCAUACCAGGAGAGGUGGUCCCAUAAAUACAGGGCUGCCUUCAGAUGUCUUCUAAAAGUCUGGUAGUUGUUGUUCUCUUUGACAUCUGUUGGGAGGGCGUUCCACAGGGCGGGUGCCACUACCGAGAAGGCCCUCUGCCUGGUUCCCUGUAACUUGGCUUCUCAAGUGAGGGAACCACCAGAAGGCCCUCGGUGCUGGACCUCAGUGUCCGGGCAGAACGAUGGCGGUGGAGACGCUCCUUCAGAUAUACUGAAUUGCAGGUCUGUGGCGUGGGAUUCUCCCUUGGCAAGGGGUAAGGCAGGGAAGGGGAUAAGCAAUCCACAACCAUUCAUGCCAUCUCUUUGCCCUCCCGCUUCUCAGGUGUGCUAUCGAAUCCUGAUGCAGCUGUGUGGUCAAUACGGCGAGCCUGUCCUCUCUGUCCGAGUGCUGCUGGAGAUGAAGCGGGCCGGUAUCGUGCCCAACACCAUCACCUAUGGCUACUACAACAAGGUACCUCGCUUGCAGACCCCUCCACUUUCCCUCGGCUCUGUCAGAGGGCAUUCUGCUUCAACAGGGCACAGGGUAUAAGGAUGUGUGUCCGGCGUCUGCUGUUCCCCCUGGGGCUCGGGACCUGCAGAGAGAAGUGGCGGUGAUUAUGAGAGGUUUUCUGGCCCAGAGUCAGGAGUUGAAAAGACAGAUCAGGACCCUGGAGAGCUCCGAGCAAGCCCAGCUGGCUGAGCUAUGGGAGAUGUUGUCUCAGCGCAAGGCUGAGAGGGCUUGGAACUGGUACCUGCAGGCCUGUGCUCCUGUGUGGUUCUGGAAUGGAAGAGGCUGUAGGGGACUUGCCCAGGGGACUCUGAGGAUGAUAGAAAGAGCCACAUAUUCAGGCCAGGGAACUGCAGAAGGAUGCUCAUGCCUAGUUCCACCCCUAAGCAUUAUUUCUCACCCAAUUUAGGGAGGGGACGAAAGCUUUAUAACUGGGGAUCAAAAUCCCUUGCUGAUCUUCGGCAAAUUGCCCUGAGAUCUACCAGUAGUAAUAGUAAUAGUAAUUUAUUAUUUGUACGCUUCCCAUCUGGCUGGGCUUCCCCAGCCACUCUGGGCGGCUUCCAACAAAGAUUAAGGUAAAGGGACCCCUGACCAUUAGGUCCAGUCGUGGCCCACUCUGGGGUUGCGACGCUCACCUCGCUUUAUUGGCCGAGAGAGCCGGCGUACAGCUUCCGGGUCAUGUGGCCAGCAUGACUAAGCCGCUUCUGGCGAACCAGAGCAGCACACGGAAACGCCAUUUACCUUCCCACUGGAGCAGUACCUAUUUAUCUACUUGUACUUUGAAGUGCUUUCGAACUGCUAGGUUGCCAGGAGCAGGGACCGAGCAAUGGGAGCUCACCCCGUUGCGGGGAUUCGAACCGCCAACCUUCUGAUCGGCAAGUUCUAGGCUCUGUGGUUUAACCCACAGCAAAAUACAUUAAAAUGUCACACAUUAAAAACUUCCCUGAAGCCUUCAGAUGUCUUCUAAAUUUCAGGUAGUAGUUUAUCUCUUUGACAUCUGGUGGGAGGGCGUUCCACAAGGGGGGCGCCACUACCAAGAAGGCCCUCUGCCUUGUUCCCUGUAGCUUUGUUUCUCGCAGUGAGGGAACCGCCAGAAGGCCCUUGGCGCUGGACCUCAGUGUCCAGGCAGAACGAUGGGGAUGGAGACACUCCUUCAGGUAUACUGGGCCAAGGCGGUUUAGAGCUUUAAAGGUUAGCACCAACCCUUUGAUUGUGCUCGGAAAUGUACUGGGAGCCAAUGUAGGUCUUUCAGAACCAGUGCCAUAUGAUCUUGAGAGCCCGAGAUCUCCCUUCUGCCCGCCACUUGCUUUGUUGCCCUCUCACCUCCUCCUCCUGCUCAUCCAUAGGCCAUUUUGGAAUGCAAAUGGCCGUCUGGUACCCAGGGAGGCCGCCUCCGCUGGGCCAAGCUGCGGAACGUCGUCCUGGGGGCCGCCCAGUUCCGCCAGCCUCUGCGGCAGCGGCAGCGUGAGGCAGAAUCGCAGAGCGUCAGCAGCCAGUCAGGUAUGGAAACCUUGCCUUAUGAGGAACGGUCGAAGGAGCUGGGUAUGUUUAGCCUGGGAAAGAGGAGUCUUGAGAGGAGACCAUGAUAGCCAUAGUCGUAUAGCUAAAGGGCUGUCACAUGGAAGAUGGGGCAAGCUUGGCAAGCCGAUGGAAGGGGCCUUGCUACCUCAGGUGUUACCUGGGAGAACAGCCCCUGGCGGAGGCAGUUCAGGGAGAGAGAGAAAUGUUGAGGAGGGAGAGUGUUGAUAGUUGAAAGGUGCCAGUGUGGUGGUGUGGUUAAGAGCCGUAGACUCGUAAUCUGGGGAACCGGGUUCGCGUCUCCGCUCCUCCACAUGCAGCUGCUGGGUGACCUUGGGCCAGUCACACUUCUCUGAAGUCUCUCAGCCCCACUCACCUCACAGAGUGUUUGUUGUGGGGGAGGAAGGGAAAGGAGAAUGUUAGCCGCUUUGAGACUCCUUCGGGUAGUGAUAAAGCGGGAUAUCAAAUCCAAAUCCAAAGUGUGAUUUGAUUUCCGCAAACUGCUUUGAGGUGGGGUCUGGGUGGGGGGACGUGAAGCAGCUUCAGAAAAGUGUCAUCUAGAGCUCAUUGGGAUGGAUAUGCUAGCAGGUUAAUCAUGAUGCAAAGGACUUCAAAGGUUUGGUCCGAGCUGGCUGCUGGAGACAGCAUUUUUCUCCCUGCUUCCGUUGGCAGAGGGCAGAAGCAUCAAGAUGCCAGGCUCCCGCUCCCGGUCCCGGUCCAAUCUGCAGCGGCAGACGACUUGGUCUGGGGGCAGUGUGACCGAGAACCUUCCGUCCACGUCGCUGGUGAAGAGCGGCAGCCUCAGUUUCCCUCAGCAGGAGCCAGAAGCUGGAGUGGCUCGUGGUGAGUUUUGGAGGCGGGCGGAGGAGUCCUUGGAGACUCGAAAAUAGUUGCAGCAGGAUCAGUAUAUCAAUAUAUCCAAUGGGGGGAGGAGGGAGAACCUAAUAAGAGUCCUUGGAUCAGUCCGACCUGAGCACAAGAGCAUUGUGGAGUCAGAAGACAGCCGUCGUUGCUAUUGGCCUUGAUAGCCUUCCCCUCCGUGAAUUUGCCCAGUCCCCUUUUAAAGCCAUCCACCUUGGUGGCCGUCACUGCCUCCUGUGGCAGGGAGUUCCACAGUUUAACGCUGGAUGUCCCCGAGCUCUAGUGUUGCUCUUACUCGCUUUUUCUCUAAACUAGGCCAACACUUCAGCAAUACCUUUCUGCCCCACUGUAUCUGCCAAAUUCUCUCGCAGGAUUCCUGUGGCCAUGUGCCAGUGGUGGGCGGGGCCAGAGCCCAAAGUGGGAGGGGCAAUGAACAUUCCAAGGGCUGUGUUCCAGUGGUGGGCGGGGCCAAAGCCCAAAGUGGGAGGGGCAAUGAGCAUGAAUUUUAUUUCUUACAGUAAGACACUUCCUUACACACAUUUGCACACCCCACCUGCUUUACCCGACAUUAAGGCAGGCCAAGAGGCACAAGCAGAGUCCACGGACAGGUUCCAGCUAGGCAAAAACCGUCAAGGAGGGUGCAAAGCAGGGACAGUGCUUGGCGUGCCCUGAGGGCCAGAUAGCAUGGCUUGGAGGGCCGCAUUUGACCCCACGCCCUGGCCUAAUAAUAAUAAUAAUAAUAAUAAUAAUAAUUUAUUAUUUGUACCCCACCCAUCUGGCUGGGUUUCUCUAGCCACUCUGGGCGGCUUCCAACAAAGAUUAAAAAUACAUUAAAAUGUCACACAUUAAAAACUUCCCUGAACAGGGCUGCCUUCAGAUGUCUUCUAAAAGUCAGAUAGUUGUUUAUUUCCUUGACAUCUGAUGGGAGGGCGUUCCACAGGGCGGGCGCCACUACCGAGAAGGCCCUCUGCCUGGUUCCCUGUAGCCUCACUUCUCGCACUGAGGGAACUGCCGCAAGUCCCUUGGCGCUGGACCUCAGUGUCCGGGCAGAACAAUGGGGGUGGAGACGCUCCUUCAGGUAUACUGGGCCGAGGCUGUUUACGGAUUUAAAGGUCAGCACCAACACUUUGAAUUGUGCUCGGAAACGUACUGCUGUAACCCAUAUCAGUCCUUUCCUGUCCUCUCCCGCUUUGCAGCGACCAAGGCCCUGGACGCCACAGACCACGGCAGCAGCAGCACGCUCCCCGCCCUGCCCCACUGGCUGCAAGGCCGGGCCGGGAGCUCCGAGGACGGGAGCCUGUCGGACGUCAGCAGCUUCUUGACGGACGAGAGCGACAGGUUGACCCUGAGCAGCGUGGACACUCAGCCGGGCCCGGGGCGGUUGGAUGGCUCUGCCACAGGGUCGGAGAACCGUGGCAUAGGGAGCGGCACACCGCGCAGAAGCCUGGCUGCCAAACUCCAGCAGCUGCUCUCGCCCAUCAAGCGGCCGUCGCUGAGACACGGCGCCACCGCGGAGCAUUCGCACACACGCCGCGGGUCCGAGCAGCGGGAGCUCCCACCUCGCCGCAGCCCGCUGGAAAGCCGCUUGUUGCUUCCUCGCGAGCGCCCGGGCUCCACUGCCUCCGAGGUAGGGAGCCCUGAGCAGCAGGCUGCGCGGUAACCGUGCCAGAAGUGGUUCUGGAACAAAGCAGGUUGUGAAAUAAAGGCUUCCGGCCUGUUUAGGCAACUCCUCAUUUAUGUGUGUUCAAGGGCUGCGUCUCGCCAAAGUAAUAAUAAUAAUAGUAAUAAUAAUAAUAUAUUUUAUUUAUAUCUCGCCCUCCCCGGCCGAAGCUGGGCUCAGAGCGGCUAACAACAAUAAAAUGAUACAACAUUCUAAAAUCAUUUCAUUUCAUUAUAAAAUCAGUUCGAAUCAGAUUAAUGGCAACCAUUGGGCUAGAGUUCUAUUAGGAUGACAGGAGGAGGGGGUCAGGCUGUGCCCUGGCCAAAGGCCUGGUGGAACAGCUCCGUCUUGCAGGCCCUGCGGAAAGAUGUCAAGUCCCGCAGGGCCCUAGUCUCUUGUGACAGAGCAUUCCACCAGAUUGGGGCCACAGCCGAAAAAGCCCUGGCUCUGGUUGAGGCCAGCCUAACCUCCCAGGACCUCCAAGAUGUUUUUGUUUGAAGACCAUAAGGUCCUCCGUGGGACAUACCAGGAGAGGCGGUAAGAGAGACGGUCCCGUAGUUACAAGGGUCCUAGGCUGUAUAGAGCUUUAAAGGUUAAAACCAGCACCUUAAACCUGAUCCUAUACUCCACCAGGAGCCAGUGCAGCUGGUAUAGCACCGGGUGAAUGUGAUCCCGCAGCGAGGACCCCGUAAGGAGUCUUGCCGCAGCAUUCUGCACCCGCUGGAGUUUCUGGGUCAGUCUCAAGGGCAGCCCCACAUAGAGCGAGUUACAAUAGUCCAGUCUGGAGGUGACAGUCGCGUGGAUCACAGUGGCUAGGUCAGGGCGAGAGAGGUAAGGAGCCAACUGCUUAGCUUGGCGGAGAUGAAAAACAAACCCAGAAGUGGCAUGAAAAGGGGUGAAAACGGCCCUGAAAGAGUGCAAAAGUGGCGCGAAACUAUGUUUAGCAAUCCCACAAGCCUUUGCAAGUGCAAUCCCGCGAGCUCUUGCACCAACCUUUGAGGCCUGGGGAGUCAGGGAGUCGGAAUUUGAGCAUGGAGGUUUGGAGGGAGCGAUUGUGGUGUUUGCAGGCCUCUUCAAUGGUGUUCCCAGUAAACGUAAUUUCGCUUAAGUGUGCGCUGCCUCGGGACUUAACCCCUGUGUAAAUGGUGAGUUGCCUCUACCCAGGUUCCUGUUAUCGCCCUUCCUCCUUGCUUGGUUACUCGAUUCACUGUCUCCAUUUGAGGUGUGCGUUAUUUCUUGUUACAGUUUAUGCUACAAAAUUCAAUAAUUAUUCCCCACCCCACCUCACUUUUCUUUGCAACAGAGUUCCGUGUCCCUGGGCAGCGAAUACGAUUAUUCGAACAGCUCCUUGUGCAGUUUCAACCUCCGGAAAUCCACCGAUUUGCUGACAGAGUCUCCGGCGGUUGAGGUAUAUUCCAGCUUGCCGUCCCUGACUCGCUCUCCCUGCAUCCCUCAAAAGCUCCUCUCUCCACCAUCCGUACUUUAACGUGCCGUAGGUGUACUCUCCAAGCAUCAUAAUUAAGCCUCCGUUAUUUGCAGUGCACUCAAUGUGGGGCUGGGACGCGGGUGGCGCUGUGGGUUAAACCACAGAGCCUAGGAAUUGCCGAUCAGAAGGUCGGCGGUUCGAAUCCCCGCGACGGGGUGAGCUCCCAUUGCUCGGUCCCUGCUCGUGGCAACCUAGCAGUUCAAAAGCACGUCAAAGUGCAAGUAGAUAAAUAGGUACCGCUCCAGCGGGAAGGUAAACGGCGUUUCCGUGCGCUGCUCUGGUUCUCCAGAAGCGGCUUAGUCAUGCUGGCCACAUGAUCCGGAAGCUGUACGCUGGCUCCCUCGGCCAAUAAAGCGAGAUGAGCGCCGCAACCCCAGAGUCGGUCAUGACUGGGCCUAAUGGUCAGGGGUCCCUUUACCUUUAAUGUGGGGCUGCUUUCGGGGGCUUGAUCUGGAGACUCCAGCUGGUUCAAAACACUGCAGCUCGACUGUUUAAUUUCAUUUAAUUUAGUAUUACAUUUCUACUGUGCCUUUUCUCCCUAGGAGAUCAAGGUACAUGGUUCCCCCCUGCCCCAACUCCAAUUCAUCCUUGCAACAACCCCAGGAGGUGGGUUAGUCUGAGGGCCUGUGAAUGGUCCAAGGUUAGCCGGUGAGCAGAGAAACUAGAACUCGGGUCUCACAGGUCCAAGUCUGUCACUGUAACCCUUACACAACACUGUCCCCCACCUUCUUCUGAAAUACGAGCUCCAUUAGGUACCUCCCGCUCCUGAGUUGUUCCUGUGCCACAAAUAAGAACCGGUUCUUCAAGAGCCAGUGCCAGAGCUUGCUUUUUUCCUCUUCCCUCCCUAAUCCUUUGCCCUUGUGUGCCGUGACUUUAAGCUUGCAGGCCAGGAACUGUCUUGUUUCAACGGACAGUCUGCAAGCCACUCUUUGCCCUCUGUGAUUCUAUGGGCCUUUGCCAAGCAAGUUCUUUCCUGACCUUCCUCCCGUCCUGCUCAGGUCCUUCUCUCCAGCUGUUCCCGGUGCCAGGCCUGCAGCUCGCUGGUGUACGAUGAAGAGGUGAUGGCCGGCUGGAGUUCGGACGAUUCCAACCUCAACACCACCUGCUCCUUCUGCGCCCGCUCCUUCGUGCCCUUCCUCAGCAUUGAGAUCCAGGAUUUCCAGGCGGCCCCCAGGUCAGAACCCCGGGUGGUUCCACUCCCCUGUCAUUAUAGGGGUGGCCUGGUCAGCAGCACUGGCUGCUGUCCAUUGGGACUGGUGGGGCGGAACUUAGGGGGCCCACCACUUGGUGGCACCAGAGGCAAUGACAGGCAGUGAUUACAACCAAUGAAAGGCUCCUAAGACUGGUGGGGCGGAAGUCAGGGAGCCACCAGUAGGUGGCGUCAGAGCGGAUGGCUGGCAGAGAAUUGGAGAACUGAGACUGCUCUUAGAAUUCCAGAGACAAGAGGCUUAGCCCUUUGCAAAUAACAGCAAACUGUGGUCAGCCUGGAAUGGUAUGCAAUACUGGGCCUUUUUUCAAAGGAGAACCAUUUUAACGAAUGGACAUGACUAAUUUAGGUCCAUUUUCAAUAGGUCUACUCUUGAGUAGAGCUCGGUUGGAUACAGCCCUAUGUGUCUGGGUUGUGCCAUUUUGACCUUCAGAGGAGAGCUCAAUUCCUCUCUCUUUUUUAAAAAAAAAGUCCAAAAAACAAGCACAAAACCCCCUCCAAAUAUUUCAUGCACCUAGAAAUCUAGUAUGUCAGGAUGAUGGAGUCCAGCAGCAUCUUCUCCAACAUUCUAGUUUUCUAGGUGCAGGGAUUUAUUUAGUACACAUAUGGACAUGUGAUUUUCCCUUCUUGCAACGCAGGCCGAGAAACAGGUUAGCUGUCUUGGCUUGUUUUGAGUGCGGGGCUGAAGGAAGACGCUUGGUGCUUGCUUUUUUAAAGUAAGGCUCUAGUCCUCAUGUUUGUAAAAAAAAAAAAAAGGGACUAGAAUUCGUUGGCAUAUGUAUUGAGUAGAUGUUUUUCUCUCCAUCAUUUCCGCCUCCCCAGCAUCGCUGACACCUCAGACACCAGCUCUAUCUCCUCCGAUUGGCCGCGGGACAGCGAAGCCCCCGCGCCAGGGAGCCAGGGCCCCGUCCUCAGCGACCGCUCCCACUGCCUGUCUCUGGAUGAAGCUGAGCCGGAACCCGGAAGGGAGUCCAGGGCUGGGUCUCUGUGCAACGGCUUCACCGAGUCUCCGGUGCGGAUGGGCUUGGGGGAGAACCUUCUGGGUCUUUCAGCUAGAAAACGGGGGAGUUGUGAUGAGAGGAGGAGCAACACGGAGAGCCCAAGGGCCUCAUUCCCGUUUGGGCAAGCUCUCGAGGGCCGCGUGAUGCCAGUGGUGGGCGGAGCCAGAGGCGGAAGUGGGCGGGGCAACACAUGUAAAUGGCACCUUUGCGCGGUGGGCUAGUUCCUGCCUCAGGCAAGAGACUCAUCCAGGGAAACCAGAGGGCAUAAUCAGGGUUCAAGGGAGGGUAGGACUCAAACCCGUGGCUUCAAGUUACAGGAAAAAACACUUAGGGUACAAGGCAGGCCUAGCGAAGGGUGUAUAUGGAGGGCCACAUCUGGCCCCUGAGCCUGUGGUCCCCACCCUCCCCUCAUUCUAGCUAGACAGGCCUAUUUUGAACCCAGGCUCACCCCCUUGGCAUUAACCAAAAUCCGAUACUGCCUCUUGCUUGCCUGGUAUGUAUAUGAGUGUGCAUGUAGAAAUUUAUUCAUACCCCACCUUUUUACCUGACGGGGCUUAAGCCUGCUUACGGUUAAGAAUAAGAACUGCCAGAAACAUACUAAGGUGAAAUUCAGAUUAAUCUCUCAUCCCCCUGUUGCCCCUGGCCCUGCCUACUGUUGGAAUGCGGCCCCCAGAAGCUUUAUCCUGGUCCCUUUUUUAUAUUGUGGGGUCCGGCGGUAAAGUUGAAAAUGGGCGAGAGCAACGCAAGGGUUGACGUCUGUCGUGACGCCUUCCUUGUUCUUACCUGUGCUUCGUUCCCCCCGCUUCCAGGUUCCUCAGGGUCCGGCCCCCGAAGUGGAACACCUGGCCUUUGCCUACCUGAGCCCCUUAGUCCUGCGGAAGGAGCUGGAGACCCUGCUGGAGAACGAGGGAGGGGACUUCCUGUCUCAGCCGGAGCUGGUGGACAACCACCCAAUCAUCUACUGGAACCUGGUGUGGUACUUCCAGCGCCUGGGUCUGCCCAGCAGCCUCCCCCAGCUGCUCCUGGCUAGCAAGCACUUCCAGUCAGCGCCGCAGGUGACUCAUCUCCCCAUCCCUCCUUAUCCUUACGGGAACAACCCUGCGAAAUAGGUUGGACCAAGAGAGGUGGGAACCUUCUAUGGCCCUCCAACACAUUGUUGGACUCCAACUCCCAUCAACCCCAGGCAGCCUGGCCCAAUGGUCAGGGGUGAUGGGAGGCCAUUGAGAUCUAAAGGACCAGAGACUCCCUGCCCUGGACACACAUCCCAACCAAUCAGGGAUCAUAUACUAAAUACAAUUGCAGAGGUGUAAAGCAGGGGCACAGAGCCUGUUGCCCUCCAGAAAUUGCUGGACUCCCAACUCCCAGCAGUCGGGGUGAUGGGAGUUUACACCUCUGAAAGUGCAUAAAAGCCAUGCGGCCUAGGACCUACGUACCUACGGGAUUGCCUCUCCUGGUAUGCCCCGCGGAGGACCUCAAGGUCCACAGAUAACAACACUUUGGAGGUUCCAGGUCGCAAGGUGGUUAGACUGGUUUCAACUAGGGCCGGGGCCUUUUCAGCACUGGCCCCGACGUGGUGGUACGCUUUGUCACAAGAGACUAGGGCCCUGCGGGACUUGACAUCUUUCCGCAGGGGCUGCAAGACAGAGCUGUUCCACUUGGCCUUUGGUUUGGACUUGGUGUGACCCUUAUGUUUCCCUCCCCUUAUGGUAUUGAUUUAUCAGCUAUUUUAAAAUGAGGCUGCAUUUUAAAUUGCAUUUUAACCUGUAUUUUAAAUUGGGUUUUUUUCUUUUCUUUCCCCUCCUCUCUUUUUUCUCUAUUAUGUUUUUACUGUGAUUUUAUUGGUGUUAGCCGCCCUGAGCCUGGCUCUGGCUGGGGAGAGAGGGGUAUAAAUAAAAAUUAUUAUUAUUAUUAUUAUGUGAUAUGUGAUCUCUGAUUGGCUGGGACAUGUUUCACACAGUGAGCCUAUGGUCCUCCAGGUGUAGUUGGACUGCCACUCACAUUAGCCCUGGCCAUCCCUGGUGAUGGAAGUUGUAGUCUAGCAACUUCUGGUUCCUCCCCACUGCCCUAAAGCAAGUUGUCCAGAAAUUGUCCUGUGACUUUCCUACCAUAAGAGAUCUGACGGUAAGAGCUGCUCAGUAGUGGAACCGUCUCCCUCGGGAGGUUGUGGACUCUCCUUCCUUGGAGAGAUUGGAUGGUCAUCUGUCCUGGAUGCUUUAUCUGAGAUUCCUGCAUUUCGGGGGCGGGUUGGACUAGAUGACCCUUGGGGUCCCUUCCAACUCUAUAAUUCCAAGAUUAUGUUACCAGGGUUGGGGAGGAGCCAGGGUGUGGCCCUCCAAGUGUUGCUAGACUCCAACUCCCCUCAUCCCUGACCAUUGGCUUCUCAAUACGGCUUACACUGCAGCUGUGAUACUUGGCUUAUAUUUCAGCUGCCGGCCCGUUAAUAACAUCGCAGUUAUUUUACUGACCGAUUGGUUAAUUAUGCAACGUGACUUAAGUUGUACCUGCGGUGUUUCAUUACGCCAUUGUUAUUUAUUGUCGGUAAGCCGCUUUGGGAUCGGUAUGAGUGGACAGCAACAUAGAAAGACAGAGUACAGUGGUACCUCGGGUUACAUACGCUUCAGGUUACAUAUGCUUCAGGUUACAGACUCCGCUAACCCAGAAAUAGUACCUCGGGUUAAGAACUUUGCUUCAAGAUGAGAGCAGAAAUCGUGCUCUGGCGGUAUGGCGGCAGCAGGAGGCCCCAUUAGCUAAAGUGGUGCUUCAGGUUAAGAACAAUUUCAGGUUAAGAACGGACCUCCGGAACAAAUUAAGUUCUUAACCUGAGGUACCACUGUAUUUGUUUUGUGCUCUCUGACCUUCCCCAAUGACCGCCCUCCCUCUCCACAGGGCUUGCCUCAGGAGGGGCUUCUCGUGAACGUACGUUUGGUCUGGGAUGUGUUGACGCCAGACCCCGACAGCUACCCCCCACUUUACGUCCUCUGGAGGUUCCACGGUAAGCGGCGUGUUUCAGGAAUAGCAAGACCACGGGUUACCUUUUUGUGGGGUUGCUAGGCGGAGGGGAGGGACCAUUCCAGGAGAUGGCCUGCCCGUGCCACGUCCUGUUUGUUAGCUGUGUGGAAAACCCCCGCUGAGCUAGAUAAAUGUGAUCCCAUUUAGCCUUUCACCAGCCGUGUUCAUGAGGAAUGGAGCUUCCAUGUUCAAGAGCAGUCUGCCUCUCUGUCCUGGGGACAAACAGCAGGGGAGGGCUAUUCCAUCCCUCCAUUCAUUCAUUCAUUCAUUCAUUCAUUCAACUUGUAUAACCACUUCACGUUUCAGCAGAAAUCUCUUUUACCUAUCCCGCCACCUCAAAAGAAGAUUAUACGGGCAACUCCCAGUUUCCACGAGGGUUACAUAAUGCGGCAUGUCAGUGAAAUCACGAAUAUUUGAAACACUAUUGUAAAAAGCCUGCAAGCGCCACAGUUGCACCCUCUAAGCCUCCUUGCCCAAACUCCAACUCUCCACAGACCUUAACGGUUGGUGCAAGGGCUUCCUGGGAUUGAUCCUGCAACGGCGCGUGGGUCGCUAGGCACUGUUUCUAUGUCUUUUUUUGCCCUUUCUACGCUCUUUUUUAGGGUCCUUUUUUUGCCACUUCUGGGCUUGGGGCGAUGCACGCUCACGCAUGCCUUGAACACACAUAAUUGAUAUAAUGCAAUGUAAGAAAUAGGGAUGGAGCUAUGUAGAGGCAUCGGCUGGCUUCAUAGUUUUUCCCACAUUGUGAUUUUUUGCAUAACACACACACACACACACACACACACACACACACACACACACCAUGAUUCAUGAUAUAUUGCCAGGUCAAAAAUUAUGAAACCAGUAUCACGAUAUGGACUAGACCAGUUUUGGACGAUAUAUCGCCCAGGCCUGACAUGUAUCAUUAUUUGUGAUAUACAGUCAAACCUUGGUUCUCAAAUGGCUUAGUUGCCGAACAAAUCGGCUCCUGAAUGCCACAAACCCGGAAGUGUUCGAGUUUGCGAACGUUUUUCAGAAGCCAAACGUCGGACGUAGCUUCAACUUGAGUGCAGGAAGCUCCUGCAGCCAAUCAGAACCUGCGCCUUGGUUUUCGAACAGUUUCGGGAGUUGAACAGACUCCUGGAACAGAUUAAGUUUGAGAAGCAAGGUACCACUGUAUUGCCAGGUCAACAAUUAUGAAACCAAUAUCACAAUAUGGACUUCAGACCGGUUUUGGACAAUAUAUUGAUAUAUAUUGAGACCUCUGGGUAUAGGGCAGUAUAUAAAUUCAACCAAUAAAAUAAAUAUCGCCCAUCCCUAGUGCAGUCACUUGUCAGUUGGAUGUGCAUAAACACAGUACAUACUUAGGCACACACUCUCUGUCUCUCAUACCCCAUAUAGUGCAAAAUUCACAGAGUACCAAAUACUGUGACAACUAAUAAUAACAGCAGAAAAUCCACAUUUUGUUCAACACAGUUAAGCAGCAGCAAGUACCUCAAAGCAAUAUGCGUAAGUCCGCUCGCAGACACGUAACCGCCUUUCUUCGCACCCCACCCAGGUAACAUCCCCACCCGCCUCCAGUCCUGGCGCCGACACAACCACCCCUUCUCGCUCUCGUUCCUGGAGGCUGUGUUGAGCUCGGUCGGGAUGGGCGAGAUGCACAAGGCCAUCUCUCUGUUCCUGGACACGGUGAAGGAGCAGUCCGGCACGACACACAUGCCCAGGUACGGUUUCUCCUCUCCUGCCCCUCUGCCCACCUACUCCUGCACGUCCCUGCGGCAAGCUUGGGCCCACCUGGCCCAGUGUUGCCUACACUGGCUGGCAGAGGCCGUCCGGGGUUUCAGGCGAGAGUCUUUCCCCAGCCCUGCCUGGGCAUGUUGGGGAUUGAAGCUUGGGCGUUCUGCAUGCAAGGCAGCUGUCCUGCUACUCUGCCAUGGCCCUCUCCUCUAAAGAUAAAAGUAGGAUUCUGCUUCCCAUGCUUCUGGAUGAAGGGUAUAUUUAAAUAGUCACAGAGGAAGACGCCUUAUAUUAAGUCAGACUGUUGGGAUUUGGGGCAGACAUACCUGGAGAUGGCGGAACCGGAGGCCUUCCUCGUCCAAAUGCCCUGUUAUUUUGCCUUGAUCCUUUCCCUAAAGGCAAGCCAAGAUUCCAGUCCUCAUGAAAAAAGGGGUGGUUUAAUAAUAAUAAUAAUAAUAAUAAUUUAUUAUUUAUACCCCGCCCAUCUGGCUGAGUUUUCCCAGCCACUCUGGGCAGCUCCCAAUCAAGUGUUAAAAACAGUACAGCAUUAAAUAUUAAAAACUUCCCUGAACAGGGCUGCUUUAAGAUGUCUUCUGAACGUCAGGUAGUUGUUUAUCUCUUUGACAUCUGAUGGGAGGGCGUUCCACAGGGCGGGCGCCACUACCGAGAAGGCCCUCUGUCUGGUUCCCUGUAGCCUCACUUCUCGCAAUGAGGGAACCGCCAGAAGGCCCUCGGCUCUGGAUCUCAGUGUCCGGGCUGAACAAUGGGUGUGGAGACGCUCUUUCAGGUAUACUGAGCCGAGGCCAUUUAGGGCUUUCAAGGUCAGCACCAACACUUUGAAUUGUGCUCGGAAACGUACUGGGAGCCAAUGCAGAUCUCUCAGAACCGGUGUUAUGUGGUCCCGGUGGCCACUCCCAGUCACCAGUCUAGCUGCCGCAUUCUGGAUUAAUUGCAAUUUCCGGGUCACCUUCAAAGGUAGCCCCACAUAGAGCGCAUUGCAGUAGUCCAAGUGGGAGAUAACUAGAGCAUGCACCACUCUGGCAAGACAGUCCGCAGGCAGGUAGGGUCUUAGCCUGCGUACCAGGUGGAGCUGGUAGACAGCUGCCCUGGGCACAGAAUUGACCUGCGCCUCCAUGGACAGCUGUGAGUCCAGAAUGACUCCCAGGCUGCGCACCUGGUCCUUCAGGGGCACAGUUGCCCCAUUCAGAACCAGGGAGUCCCCCACACCCACCCGCUCCCUUUCCCCAAAAAAACAGUACUUCUGUCUUGUCAGGAUUCAACCUCAAUAGGAACAUAGGGAGCUACCUCUCAGUGUGUUGGACCAUCCAACUCAGUGCUGUCUGCACUGACUGACAGCAUCUCGCCACAGUUUCAGGCAGCCAUACCAAGAGAUGCUGGGGUUUAAAGUGGGGGCCUUCUACAAGCAAGUCAGGUGCCCUGCUGCCAAGCUAAAAAAUUCCCCGUGGUCCCAUGGGCACUUUCACAGGGACUUUUGCGCUGCUCUGAUUCCCUCUCCUCGUUCUCUUCUUCUCCUUAGGAGCGUUUACCACGAGAUUCUCUUCUUGAAGCUGGCAGCCCUGGGCAGAGACCACGUGGACAUUGGUAAGUGCAAGGCCCCUGUAUCCCGGAGGAGUUUGAAUGGCACAAGCUACUUGGAGACAGAGGAUGUCUGGAGAGCUGCUGCCGGCCAGUGUAGGCACUGCUGAGCUGGUUGGGCCUGUGGUCUGUAUAAGGCAGCCUCUGAAGUUCCUAAGCAGGAAGGGGAAGUGAGAAAGAGUUCUCCACACCCAGCAAUUUUACAAGUCAUUACCCACACAGGCUACAUCCAUGAGGUCUAGGAACUUGCUUGUAUUUCUUCCCCCCAAAGGAAAAAGGCUAACGUUCUCAAGAAUCUUUUUGGCACUGUCUUUGCAUCCAUGAAGUUUGAAAAUUUUGUUGCAUUGUACAUUUUUGAGAUCUGUUUUUCCUUACCCUCUUAACAGUUUGAUUUCAAAGUCUUCUCUUCGUUCUGCUUAUCUAUUUUUAAAAAAUAUUUCAUUUACUUGACAAUACUGAAACCAAUUGGAUAUCCAUUCUCUUCUUGUUUUUUUAAGGUUUACAACCACCUUCAGAAAAAUUUGAUGUAGCCCAUUAUGCCCCCAUAUUUAUUUUCUUUUGUGGGAAAUAGCCCCAGGGGCGUUUUUCUUUCCAGUAGGUUUUUGUGCCCGGUCCACACUCCAUAAAGACUGCUUCUUACAAUAGGAUUAAAAAAAUUCUUUGUGGACUUUUACCUCCUAAAUCUUCACGAUGCUGAAGUGCAAAUUCGAGGGGCUUUCUUUGUGUCCAUGAGGCCUAGAAACCUGCCUGUGUUUAUUUAAAAAUGAAAGGAAGAAAAAAGCUGAAAUUCUCAGGAUGCUGAGUUCCACAAGGUCUAGAAACCUGCCUGUGUUCAUUUAAAAAUAAAAGGAUGAAAAAAGCUGAAAUUUUCAGGGUGUUGAGAUCCAGCUGUCAGGUCCUUCUGCUUCUCCCACAGCAGUUCUCAACCUGUGGGUCCCCAGAUGUUGUUGGACUACAACUCCCAUCAUCCCUAGCUAGCAAGGCCAGAGCUCAGGGAUGAUGGGAGUUGUAGUCCAACAACAUCUGGGGACCCACAGGUUGAGAACCGCUGUAAGAAGAAACCUGGAGAAGAGGGAGCGCCUUCACUUUCUGCCUCUUCCUCUCUCUGCAGCCGACUUCGACAAGAAAUACAAAUCUGCCUAUUCUAAGCUGGCCAGCAGCAUAGGGAAGGAGACUCUGAAGCAAUGGAGAGCCCAGCCGCUCACCUCCAAGGCCAUCGACUGCCGGAAAAGCUUUGGGGCCAACCUGGAAUGCUAG